UGAAAAACAGAAUCAUUCAUAGAUUUGAACAUUUACUCGGACAAUUUCAUCAUCGACAAUGACCGACACCGUUGCCACAACUCCGGCACCAGUCGUCGCAUCGCCGGCCGCCAAGAAGUCUCCUGCAAAGAAGAAGUUGUUGGCCUCUAAAUCCAAGAAGACUACCGUUGCGUUGCAUCCGACCACCGCCGUGAUGGUCACCUCGGCUAUCAAAGAGCUCAAGGAGAAGAAGGGUUCGUCGCUGCCAGCCAUUAAAAAAUACUUGGCCGCCAACUACAAAGUCGAUCCCGCCAAGUUGGCGCCUUUCAUUAGAAAGUUUUUGAAAGCCGCCGUCGCCAACGGUACCGUCGUUCAGACAAAGGGAACCGGCGCUUCGGGACAUUUCAAGCUGCCCGUGGCGGAGGUCAAGGCGAAAAAGGUCGUUGUAGCGAAAAAAAAGAAAUCGAUCGUCAAAAAAGUCAAAGCCGCCGGAACACCCAAGAAAAAGAAGCUCGCUGUAGCCAAAAAACCCGCGGCUGGUGAGCCAGCAGCCAAAAAAGCGAAAAAGUCUACUGCAACCAAACCCAAGGCAACUACGCCGAAAAAAGCCGCCCCGGUCAAAGCGAAAAAGCCGGCCGCCGUCAAACCCAAACCGAAGAAGAAGAAGACUCCAAUAAAGAAAACCGCAGCUCCCAAAAAGAAGUGAUAGCAAUACACACUACUUCUUUUCCCCUUACAUUAUAAAACGGUCCUUUUCAGGA